UCGAUUGUGUUUUUGGUAUCAGUAUUCGUACAGCUCUUCUAUCAGCACAACACAUCCAACCAAUCCAAUCAAAAUGAAGUUCUUCAUUGCAAUCAUGGCUGUGGCGCUCGUCGCUGCCUCGGAGGCGUCCUACCUGCCAUACGAUGAUGUCCUGUCCUACCAGCACGGCUACGGCUAUGGACUUCCGGUGUCGAAGGUGAUCUAUGGCUCGUCGUACGGUCUCCCAGCAGCGGUGGACAAGUACUCCUACCCAUCAUCGUUCUACGGUUCCUAUCCGGCCGUGAAGAAAGUGGUCGAAUACCCGUCGGUUGCUCCAGUGCUGGCCACCAAGGUCGUUGAUAACAGCUACGAUCUGGGAUACAACAAGCUGGUCGCUCCAGUCCUGAGCAGCGGAUACGGUCUGGGAUACAACAAGCUGGUCAGCGGAUACGGUCUGGGAUACAACAAGCUGGUCGCUCCCGUCGUCGCCACCAAAGUCGUCGAUAAUGGACUGUGGAACUAUGCAGGAUACGGUCUGGGAUACAACAAGUAUCUGUCGACUGCUCCCGUUGCCAAAUAUGUUUUCUAAAUGUCAUUCAAUCCGUACAUGAUGUACAUACACACACACGCACGCGCACACACAUUCGUGUAGUCAUUUUAGGCUUUGUCUGCUAAUCCCGCGCACGGAUUGUCACCGCUCGUUCAUGUAUGUAUGUUCGUUAUUCUCGUUUCGUUCUUUUGUUCGAUCUUCAUCGAGCGUUUGUUACUUCCUUCGCAUUGAACCCCCGCCCAAUCAAGUCAUCUAAUAAAAAAUGGUCUCU